CCUCAAGUACUAUCGGAUGUUAUCUUUCGUGCGAGUUUACAGACCGAUUUAAUGUUCGUAUUUGUAAUGUUCGCGUUAUGCUCUGCGUAUGUGACGUUGACAUAUAGCUCUCACAGUGCACUCACAGUAAGUUGUACAUAUACAAUAUCAUAACAUUAAUAUCAGUACAUGUUUACCGCAACGAAAAGAGUUAUGAUAAACCGCGUGCUACUUUAAGAAGAAGGAAGUUAACAAAAAAUACACGAAAAUUAACGAUACGGCACUAAAAUGGCUAACGCGAUACCUAUUAUAGACUUCGAACAAUGUGACCUUGAUGUCGAGACAGAAAACUUAAAGCAGGAACAUGUCGCACAAUGUGGCAAAGAGGUUAAAGAGGCUUUCAGUACAGUUGGGUUUUGCUACUUGAAGAAUCACGGAAUAAGUCAAGAAAUGAUUGACAGGUAUAUGCGACUUUCAAAAGAGUUCUUUCAGCGACCUGAAGAUUUUAAAGAGAAGUUCGCCAGAGGAACUGCGCUAAAAAACUUCUUCGGCUGGAUUGCUUUUGAACGUGAAAAGUUGAAUCCAUCGCGCCCUGGCGAUCUAAAAGAAACAUUCAACUAUCAUAUAGCAUUUGAUCCCGACACCUGGCCUUCAAAUGAUUACAGAGAUUCAAGUCGAGAACUGUUUCUUACGUGUAUUCGCUUCACUCGCCGCGUUUUAGAAGUGCUUUCCGUGGGUCUUGGAAUUCCUCGGGAGUUGAUGACCGAUGCCCAUCGUUAUCUAGGAGAGGGCAGCAACCCUUCUUCCCUCCGCAGUUUGUAUUAUCCGCCAAUUUCCGAAGGCGCGGUACUGAAACCUGGGCAAAUAAGACUAGGUGAACACACAGAUUACGGUACCAUAACGCUGUUGUUCCAAGACGACAUCGGUGGACUUGAAGUGGAAAUUCCGGGACAGGGAUUUGUUCCAGCGGUUCCUAUUCCCGGGACUGUUAUUGUAAACAUCGGUGCUCUUAUGCAAAGGUGGACGUCAGAUAAACUAAUUGCGACCAACCACCGAGUGGUCGUACCUGAAGUUGAGUUCAAGAAACGAUCGAGUCGACAAGCUGUGGCAUUCUUCAUUCAUCCAGAUGAUGAAUAUAUUGUCAAGUGUCUUGAUGGCUUCGAUAAGUAUGAACCGAUUUCAAGUAUGGACUAUCUUCGACAACGCUUCGAUGCAACCUAUUAGGAAUUUUAAUUUUUGUAGUUACUAAUUGUAUUUUUAAGUACAUCCACACUUCUAUCGCUUUUUGUCUACAUUGUAGUUCGUGCCUUUAACAAUCGAACUUACCGCAGUGAUGACACAAAAUGAAAGUUAUUAUAAAGAGUGUAUGUUGUGAUAACUAUAUUAUUGCGCUGAUUCAAAUGUUUGUAUUUUUACAAGUCGGUUUCUUGCUUUAGUAAAUGAAUUAUGUAUAUGCUUUUCGGAAUGGUUAAUGUCUGUUUCGACUUCAGUGUUCGUACUUUCUUCAUUUUCACAUGUUAUUGUAUUGUACAGUGUUUCUACAGUUGGUAUUCCCAGUAAAGGUCAUAACUGAAAAACUGUAAUAAGCAUAACAUAAUAAAUAGAAUAAUACAAUGUAAAUUACUGUUUUUUUUUAUGUUUUAUUAGUUUCUAUUUUUAUUUACCAUGUCAGCAUUUAUCGGACAUUCUUAAUUUUUAAC